CAACAUUCUGAAUGCUGUUUCCAAUGACCCUACAGAGCCGUAUCGAUACUGCAGGGCAGCAAAAGAAACUUUGGUCGUCGCCACCAGAGCAGAUACCUCUGGGCCAUGGACACCACAUUCAGCCCAGUGCAAACAGCCUUGCGAGGCGUCUACGAGCGUCCGAAGACAGAGAUUCCGACGAUUCUCUUGUACACCGUAUAUCCCCAUGCCACUCCAACCUCCUUUCUCGCAUUCAAGGUCACGAAAUGUACGGAAACGGCGACACCAACACGGAACGUGAAGAUGAAAGGGCGCUUAUCUCAGAUUUCAUGACGGUCCAGUCGCCUUUUGCCAGCGAAAAUGCCACAAAAACCUUGCGCCGUUCUGCUCACUUUUCUCGCUCUGCUACUCCCACCGCCAAUCCGGGCUCAACACUGGCUCAAAUGUUCCCAGAUCCAUCCACCUCGAAAUACAUCUCCUCCGCCGCCAUUCAACGGAAGAGCAUACUAUAUGAAGACUCUGCAACUCCUUCCAGUGGUUCACCGCAAAUACGUGCCGAUGUUGCACGCACGACACUGAUAUCUGCCAUAUCACAAAAUGCCAAGCUCAGAAGAGGGCCUACGACGAUGGAUAUGAGUUGUUUAGGGGGGAAAGUAAAUGCUGUUGUCACAAAUGAAGCCAACGAGCUGUUUCUCGACACUAUCCAAAGAGCGAAAACAGAACUACGCGAAAAACAAGCAGUCACGUCGGACGAUGAGUCGCCCGCAUCGACAUUUCUGAAGGGUUUAUCACCCUCUUUGAUCAAAGAAACAAAGACAUGGUCUCAGUCCCUUGUUUCAUCGGUUCAUACAACAGCGGAGCCAGAAAAACCAAAAAUCCUCCCGGCUGCCCCCAGAGUCAUGCUUAGCCCUGGUAUUCGCCUUGUCGAAUCUAUGCUGCAGGCAGGUUCUGACUUGACUUUGCCCCAACCAGACGAAGAACUUGAACCAGACAGCAUAAUGCAUGCCACGCGUAUGCCGCGUCCAUCAUCGUCCUAUCAUCGGAACAAUAUGCCCUCUCAUACUGUCCGUUCUGACAGCAGAACGAAUCGUAGCUUUCAUAAUGAUGCUUCCGCGUCCAGACAUCACCGGUAUACGUCCGAGCUCAAAACUCGCUCAUCUCGUCAUUCAAAAUCACCUCUUCGCUCCUUCUCUCCGGUAAACCGCAAACCCAGUCAUUACGAUGCUCGUAGUCCUAGUCCCGAUACCCAUCAAUCCCGUACACCCCGCAUCUUCUCUAACCAAAGAUCUAGUCAUGACCAGAGCCGCAGUCCACACCGGGGGCGUCCAGAAAAGAGAUCUCAUCGAGAUUAUUCUGACCCGUCUCCUCGGAGAGAUAAUUACAGCGCCCAAAAUCGUAGCACAUCAUCUAAGUGCCAGUCAAGAUAUGAUCGAAGACGCCAAUAUCCCGACAGCUCUCGGCGUCUAAACCGCGAAUCAUUAUCGCCAGCACGAGGAGACCCAUCUAAACGUGAUUCCCAAUGGACAACAGAAGCGAAAACCGAACACCACACGGUAUAUGAUGAACCGGAACCCAUGCACAAUCUCCACAGUGUUUCCGAUGUCCCGGGUGUGUGGGCUUUCCAACUCUCUCGCGACAGUCCAGACAUUUUGGAAUAUUCCUUCAGCGUCGGCGAGGAAAUUGCCGCAAAAUGGAACCUUACAAGAGAGAACAACUGGGUUGUCACGGAAGAAAAAACAAGAGAUGAAUUGUUCUUGCACCUUAUAUGUCUCCCUACUGCACUUGCUGUCCCGACACUCGAUUCUCUCUUAAUAGAAUCAUCACAAGAACCAAAAGCUGUUGCAAGUGCUCUUUGGAACAUGCAGACAGAAUGGCCAGAGCAGGGAUCACUUAUCAUUGAAAUAAAUCCUGGAAAAACAACAGGAAGAGUCCUUUUCCCUGGUGAUCUCAGUAACAUACACAAUCCUUUGGAAAUUACUCACGCAAUCCAGAAAGGUAUUAAUACAAUUCGUUUUGUUCAGCUAACUGGUAUGCAAAAGUCCUUCUUCCUUCUUGCCUCUCAACGAGAUAUUCCUACGCUUGACUUGACAGUACUGGAUGAGAUUUUGCAAUUUCGGACGCCAUGACUUACCCAUUGUUCGUGUCGCAUUAUUUAUUAUUAUUGCUGUUGAUUUUGCUUUAUUACGUGUAUAUCAGAGUACCUAGUUGUAGUCUGUAGCUAUAGUUGAAUCUUAAUUCCUUUAACAAGCA